AUGAGGGUGGGGUGCCUACAGCUCUGUGGGGCGAUUCUACUGCUGAUGAUUCCCCUGGCUGACGCAGAUGAUACUCUCCAAAUCCUUCUGUCGGCGGCCCUUGUUCUUCCCAUUAUCGCCGCCUUCACUGGUGGGGUGAAUCUCAGUCCUGCACAGCUGGGUGCUCUUGCUGUUGCUGCGUAUGCUGUAAGCUCAGAUUCAGUGCCUCCAUUCUCCUCUACAUCGUCAUCCUCGUCAGCGGCGGCAUCCAGUGCAUCCGCAAAUGCAAUCUCAAUCACCGGAACUGGAACCGGAACUGGGACAGGCACCGGAACUGGAACCGGAACUGGGACCGGAACUGGGACCGGAACUGGAACCGGAACUGGGACUGGAACUGGAACUGCAGGAUCCUGGUGUACAACAUCCGGAUAUACGUACGACCAAACGGCCAGUACUUGUUACAAGGUGGUGUCCACUCCUGCCACAUGGACCGCCGCGAAUACGGCAUGUACAAGCGAUAGCGGGCACCUGCUGAAAGUGGAUAGUGACACAAAAAACAACUUCCUCAUCAACAAAAUCUCGUCCGAUAAUCUACAGACAGUGUACAUACAAGGCCAGCGAGCGGACGCUAGCUCGAAUUUCCAAUACGACGACAACAGUCAGAUCACCUACUUGAAAUGGGAUCAGAACGAGCCCACUUCAGGGGCCAGCGACCUGAAGAUCCGCACCAACCAGGGCACCAAUCUUUGGAACGCCGUGGACAGGACAGAAAACGCGGCCUACAUCUGUGAAAUUUACAACACCAGCAGCGGAUAAGAAAACACAAGCACUCCAGCACAUUCACCAACAUAUAACACUAGACAAACACUAAAGUAUACUCAGCAUUAUAAAACACUAGACAAACA